AUGGGGAUUUUGAAGAAUUGUGUGGCGCCUGCGGAGAAGCUUCACGCGCUUAUUGUGGCGGAGGCUGUUGUGGGUAUAGUUGGUAAGGAAUGUUCUUUUGGUCCAAUGAAUUUGCCUGGUGUGGAAGAGGCUGUUGUGCCGGGGGAUAGAUGUGUGUUGCUUGUUUUGGAGUCGUCUAGGAUUGAGAUUGCUGUUCUUCUUAAUGACUUGGCUUAUUUGAAGUUUGAAGCUUCAGAGAGUUCUUUGGCUGACAAUAAUGUUGUUUCGAAGGAAAGGAAUCUUUGUGUCGCGCUUUCAUUGGUGGAAAUUAUUGUGAAAAUGAUUGCAGGUGUUGCUGAAGAUGAAGGUGGUGUUAUUAACGAAAGUACUUUUAUUAAAAUUAUAAAUGGGCUUAAUGAGACGACUGGGGUCAUCCUUGAGUAUAUACAAGAUGCGAAGAUAACAAUGGAAGUUGAUGGAUGUCGUGUUGUACCUUUUUCCGGAGCGCAAAAAGCUGUUGUAAGUUGCCUCAUUAAGCUGAUUAGUCUUAAUGGUGAGAAAGCAAAGGAUGGUAGUUUGGUAUAUCUGGCAUAUGAUACACUUAUGAACGUUCUGUUAAAGAAAGAAGAAGUCCCUAUUUCCUUUGAUGGCGCUGACGUAGUUGAGCUCUUGGCAACUUUGGUUUACUGGUCGGAGAAUAGCAGUCACCACUCUGUUGUUAUGAUGGCCGCAACUAUCUCUUCAUUAAUUCUAGACUUCACAUUGGAGGAUGCUCUUCGACAACAUCCAGGCUUUGAUGAUGGCAAGUUGGCUGGUCUCUGUCAACUCUUGAAGAGAAGUAUGACUGCUAGUAGUGAGGAUGUGUUCUAUGAGGAAGCUGAAGCGGAUCUCUAUGAGAUUGUCAUUUCAGGAUAUUCGCGCUGGUCUAAGAGUUUUCCUCGCAUCAAGGCAGCAAUUGGAAAAUAA